UAUAAUCACAUACUGUAUUAUCCUGACAGGUCUGUAAACACCACCCAUGAAGUCAUCAAUGUCACCCUCCACACUACGCUGGCUGCUACAACCAAAUUGGUGGUACCUACACCUGCUAAACCUAUCCUUCCAGUUCAGACUGGAGUCCAAGCACAGCAAGAGGAGCAAUCUAGUGGCAUGACAAUUUUUUUUAGUCUUCUUGUAUUAGCUAUCUGCAUCAUAUUGGUGCAUUUACUGAUAAAAUACAGACUUCAUUUUUUACCAGAGAGUGUGGCUGUUGUUUCUUUAGGUAUCCUUAUGGGAGCUUUUAUAAAAAUCAUAGAAGCUCAAAAGCUGGCCAACUGGAAGGAAGAAGAAAUGUUUCGUCCAAAUAUGUUUUUUCUGCUUUUGCUUCCACCUAUUAUAUUUGAAUCUGGAUAUUCAUUGCACAAGGGUAAUUUUUUUCAGAACAUCGGUUCCAUCACUCUCUUUUCUGUAUUUGGCACUGCAAUAUCAGCUUUCAUUGUAGGUGGAGGAAUUUAUUUCCUGGGCCAGGCUGAUGUAAUUUAUAAACUCAACAUGACAGACAGUUUUGCCUUCGGCUCUUUAAUAUCUGCAGUUGACCCUGUGGCUACUAUUGCCAUUUUCAAUGCCCUCAAUGUGGAUCCUGUACUUAACAUGUUGGUUUUUGGAGAAAGCAUUCUCAAUGAUGCAGUCUCUAUUGUCUUGACCAACACAGCAGAAGGUUUGACAAGAGAAAAUAUGUCAGAUGUAAGUGGAUGGCAAACCUUUCUACAGGCGUUGGGAUACUUUCUUAAGAUGUUCUUUGGCUCUGCAGCACUUGGCACACUUACUGGUCUUAUUUCUGCAUUAAUGCUAAAGCACAUUGAUUUAAGGAAGACACCCUCCCUAGAGUUUGGGAUGAUGAUUAUCUUUGCUUACCUUCCUUACGGACUUGCAGAAGGUAUCUCACUCUCAGGUAUCAUGGCAAUCCUCUUCUCUGGCAUCGUGAUGUCUCACUAUACACACCAUAACUUGUCUCCAGUUACACAGAUUUUAAUGCAGCAGACACUGAGAACUGUUGCUUUCAUGUGUGAAACCUGUGUUUUUGCAUUUCUUGGCCUGUCAAUUUUUAGUUUUCCUCACAAGUUUGAAAUGUCCUUUGUCAUCUGGUGCAUAGUACUUGUUCUGUUCGGUAGAGCAGUGAAUAUUUUCCCACUUUCCUACCUACUCAACUUUUUCCGUGAUCAUAAAAUCACCCCCAAAAUGAUGUUUAUCAUGUGGUUUAGUGGUUUACGUGGUGCAAUCCCCUAUGCCCUCAGCCUCCAUUUGGGCUUGGAACCAAUAGAGAAGCGGCAGCUCAUUGGGACGACAACAAUUAUCAUAGUACUGUUCACAAUUUUGCUGCUGGGAGGAGGAACCAUGCCCCUCAUCAGACUGAUUGACAUUGAGGACUCCAAAGCACGCAAGAGGAAUAAGAAGGACAUUAAUCUUAGCAAGACAGAGAAGAUGGGAAAUACCAUAGAAUCUGAACAUUUAUCAGAACUCACCGAGGAGGAAUAUGAAGCCCAGUACAUAAAACGCCAGGACCUCAAAGGGUUUAUGUGGUUUGAUGCCAGGUAUUUGAAUCCUUUCUUCACCAGAAGACUGACACAAGAAGACUUGCAUCAUGGGCGCAUACAGAUGAAAACCCUCACAAACAAAUGGUAUGAAGAGGUACGGCAAGGACCCUCAGGAUCUGAAGACGAUGAGCAAGAGCUGCUGUAGCAGAUGGGGGCAGGAGUGCAAUGAGUUUAUCUUUAGAGCAUUAGAAAGAGGAUUUAAGUAUCAAGAGUGUGACUGCACAAAAGCUGGAAAGCUCAGAAUGAACUUUCUAAUUUCGGGCAUGUCUUGUGCUACAUGUUUCGGUAUAAAAUUGCAGAUCUACUAUGCUUGAUAUUAAUAGUCAGUGAUGGAGACCAGUAAGUGUCAGACACUGGGCUGAAUGAAGAACCUUUCAUUCAGAUUUUACAGCAUAGCAAAUCUCAUGCAGCCUAUUGUAAAGCAGAGACAUCUGCCAUGAAAUGAUGACAUUGAUUAAUAGGGGUUGUGGGGGUCUUCUUCCUAUUACAAAAUCUGCUGUAAACAUAUGCUGAAGUACAGAGCCAUUGUAUGACUCUGCAAAACAGAAUGAAUUGCACUUUAUAUAUAUAUAUUUUCAUUCAUUCACAGCAUGGAGAGUCUUGACAGUUUAUACUGUGAAUUUUUUUCAGCACUAGUAAGUGAAUCUGACUGGAAUAAAUCUAUAAUUUA